UGAAAAGUACACAUAAAUCGGUGACGUCAUUUAGCAACAACACAAAAGCACAAUGGUGGACAUGUAAAUUGAAGCACAGCAAGGAUUAGUAUACAACAACUGUUUUAGCUCCAAAUCAAAGAUCCACAAUGGGCAAAAAGGUUAAAGAAGACAAGAAACCACCACCGGAUGAUGUGUUUGACACCUUGGCAGUGGAGAGCAGACAGGCAGGGACUGUGGUGUUGAUGCUAAGUAGUCCUGAAGAAGAUGUACAGUCUAAAGCCUGCGAAGCCAUUUACAAGUUUGUUGACAAAUGUGAUGAAAACAAGAAACAGUUGCUAGACUUGGGAGCAGGAGAGGCCUUGCUAAAGUUAAUGCAGAGCGAAGACCGCAUAGUGCGGAGAAAUGCCUGCAUGGCCAUGGGAGUCAUGACAGCUCAUCCUGAAGUAAGAAAAUUCCUGAGAAAAAGAGAGGAAUCUGUUCCUGCAUUUAUUCAGCUAUUAGCACCUGAAGAAGACACAGUUGUACAUGAGUUUUCUGCCCUGGGUCUGUCCAACAUGGCCACAGAAUUCAGCAGCAAGGCGUCAAUAUUUGAGAGUGGGGGAGUGGAUGCCUUGGUCAAAUGUCUCAGCUCCAGUGAUCCAGAUGUCCAGAAGAACAGUGUUGAAGCCCUUGCUCAAUUGUUAUUGGAUUACCAGUCCAGAGCUGCCAUCCGGGAUGCAGAUGGACUGAAUCCUUUGCUGGAGUUGCUGAAGUCAGAAUUUGCCAUCAUACAGAAGCUGUCACUGUUGGCCUUGGACAGAGCCUCACAGGACUCUGAGAAUAGAUCUGCGCUUCGAGAGCUGGAGGCCAUGUCAAAGCUGAUUGACUUUGUGGCUCAUCCUGAAUGGAAUGACCUACAUGUCAUGGCAGUAAUGGUUCUCUCUAAUCUCUUGGAAGACAUAGAGAGCCUAGAGCUUAUUAAAGAGACAGGGGGACUGAAGCGUCUUGUGGCCCUGAUCACAGACCAGGUCCCCCCAGAGGAGGAACCAAAAGCUGGGACAGGCAAGGGGGAGAAGAAGGCAGGCUCUCGGGCCGCCAAGAAGAGUGCAAAGGGAAGUAAGUCAGGUAAGAAGGAUGAGUCUGAGAAAGAAGAGCCACCCCCGGGAGAGGCCAUCAUCCCCACCCUCCCCGACGUCAAAAUGUGUGCUGCAAAAGCCAUCGCCAGAUCAGCUAAAAGUGCUGAAAACAGAAAGAUUCUGCACGAGCAGGAAGCAGAGAAGAUGUUGAUCCACCUCCUGAGUCACGAGUCCAACGAUGUACAGACCGCAGCAGCCCAAGCCCUAGGGGUCAUGUCGGAGAACCUACUCAGUAAAGACUCCAUCAGGGAGUGGGAAGGCCUACAGCCCCUGAUUAAGCUGUGCAACUCUGAUAAUGGAGAUGUGAAGGAAGCAGCAACACUAGCACUGGCCAACCUCACUGCUGGGAACUCCACUAACUGCCAAGAGGUGAGCAAUCUGAAUGGAGUUGAAACCUUAAUCCACUUGUUGGCGGAUUCUCGGGAUGAAGCUGUGGCCAAUACUUGUUGUGUACUGACCAACAUGGCCACAGAGGAAGGGCUGCGCUCAGAGGCCCAGGGCAAAGGAGUGGUCACUGCCCUUCUGGAGCCCCUGAAAUCACAAAAUACAAGAGUACAAGCCAAGUCAUCUCUGGCAGUUGCUGCUUUUGUUUGUGAUGCAGAUUCUAGAUCAGACUUCCGAAAUGCAGGAGGCAUCGAGAAUUUGGUGAUGCUGUUGCAUUCUGGGAAUGAUGAGGUCAGACGUAAUGCAGCAUGGGCAUUGGCUGUUUGUGCUGUAGAUGAACCAACUGCUAUUGAGAUCUGCAAACUAGGAGGAAUGGAUCUCCUGCAAGAAAUUCAGGUGUCUGGAACCAGAAAGAAUCCCUUUGCUGAGGUUGCUUUGGAGAGAUUGUUGGAUGCUAACUUGUCAGCAAAAUAUUCCUUGACUGGACAACUAAGCUCCACCAACCUGAUAGAAGAUGGCUUUUAUGAUGCAGGACAAAUCCGCCCCAACACCAAAUUUAUGUCAAUCGAAGAUUACUGCAAGCAAGAACUUAAUGACAAAAGACCCAUUCUCUUCAUCGUUGCCAAGGCAGAUCCUGUGGCCACCCAGUCUGCCUCUAACCCAGAGCUCGAGGCCAAAGAUAACUCCAAAACAAAUGUGUCUGGGAAAUCCUCUCGGACCGGCAGGGAAGGAAAAGGUCCUACGUCACCGGGUCGCAGACGUGCCUCCAUGAUUCCUGAUGACGAUAGAAAAUCUAAACAGAAAGAGAAAGAAGAAAAACAGAAAGAAGAAGAGUUACAGGCUCAGCUCCAAAAGGAGGCUGAAGCUCUGGCCAACUCGGAGAACCAGCCCUUCAAUCCCCCGACCGACUCCAAUCUAGUGAAGUACAUAGAGGAAGUGACUGAGAGGAUCUUACAGCUAGCUACAGCCACCGAACAAGUCAAAGCCCUGGCUCAAUUUGUAGCUGACAAGAUGGGAGGCUGCAUUGAGAAAGGACAACUGCCAAACUUUAGCUGGGAACUUCCUCUUAGUCAAGUUAAAUUUGAAUUGAAAUCAAAUGUGGUUCCCAUUGGUAAAAUCAAGGCUGGAAUUCACAUACACAGAGCUUUGCUAUUCAAGGCUCUUGCGGACAGAAUUGCUGUACCCUGUACUCUGACUAGAGGAGAAUACAACCGUGCUUGGAAUGAGGUCAUGUUACCUGAGACACCUGAACAGCCCGGAGCCCAGAAAUUCCCACCUCGAUGCUUCAUAGUGGAUUUGAUCCACCAACCAGGACGUCUCAUGAGAUCAGAUUCACCAGAGGCUGUCACAUACAAAAAGCUGUGAUUUAAGGGACCAAAAGAUCCAAGAUAGACCAAGAAACAUUCUGUGAUAUAUCUCCAUCAUAUAUACAUGACAGACAGACAAACAAACCUACAGUGUAUACACACUUCUUGAUUUUCCUGUCUGUGAUAUAAUUUUAUAUCUUUUAAAAAAAUUCUAAUCUAUUGACUAUUUCUUAUUUUUGCGAAUUAUCAUUGUGUACUUUAUUUAUGAAUUAAAAUUGUUAUUAUAUCA